GGAAAUCAGGGCAAGAUACCAGAAGCGGAAGAAAGUGGUAUCAGAAGAAGGAAGACAGGCGGAAAAACUUCUCUGUGAAAGUCAGCCGAAAGUGUCUUUUAGCCAUAGUUUUCCCUUUUUAUCGGUAAGCUCUGACUUUUUUCUUAACUUAAAUGUAACACCACGUACUUAACUCGGGAAAAUGUUUUAGUAGAUAGUUUUAUACCUUUCUAAAAAGGUGAACUUUAGGUCGGUUAUCGUCGUUUAUGUGUAUGACUGGCCUUACGAUUUUAAACAAGUUACUUUAAAAGAAAAAAAAUAAUACAUUUUUAAGCGUAUGUUAAUGGUAUUAGCCUCUCAAAUAUUGCAUGUGGCGGCGUUGUAUUAAAGGAGGAAGUUAGGAUAACAUCUUAGUGAGUAAACGCUGAGGUAUGUGAACACACUAAGGAGCUUGUUUUUUCAACAAAAGCUGUAUUGUUGUUGAUGUUGAAAAAGCCAAACCUCCCUCACUUCAUAGUUUUAAGCCAGUGGACUGGUUAGCAGCCAGGUCCUACCUGUUCCUGCAUUAACAGCUUUCAUGUGGAUUUCUGUGGACAGGGUUUUCUUCAGGACCAUUUGGACCAAGGAUGACUCUGCAGUGGACUGCUGUAGCCCUCUUCCUCUAUGCAGAGAUUGGGGUUCUUGUCAUUCUCUGUAUCCCCUUCAUUUCAGCCAAGAGGUCAGUAUCAUUGAUAACAUGCAUGUGUUUGAUUUAUUAGAUUAUAACUUUAACAAAUCAAAGAGAAAGAGGUGUUCAUCAGUGUUAUGUGGUCUUAAACAGAGACGUGAUUGUGUGUCUGUUUUUGCAGAUGGCAGAAAAUUUUCAACCUGAGGAUUUGGGCCUUUAUGUCAGGCUUUUGGAACAAAGUCUUUCUCACAAUGAUCAUUGUACUAAUCGUGCUCUUCCUUGGUAAGUGAAAUAUCAGGCAUGUGAGGUUAAAACCUCGUAGAUACAAUGGGUAAUAAGUCUCAGAUGUGGUUUUUACCAAUUUAAGAUCAUUAGAUCCUUUAAGGGAAUAAGAUCAAAUGUUGGUUUAAUACUUUUCAUACCUACUAAGUGACCUGCAACCUGCCAGAGGAGAUAAGGCACGCAGAGACGGUCACUUCUUUUAAGUCAAAUCUAAAAACUCACUUUUACAGACUUGCUUUUAUGUGAUGCCGUCUUUUAUCUUUUAUUUUUUAUCUUUUAUCUUUUACGGUCAUCUUAUAUCUCUUUUACCCCUAUCUUGAUUUGGCUUUACUGUCCUUUUGGCUUUCGUUAUACUUAUACUCUUCUCUUAAUGAACCUUUUAGGCCUUUUAUUGUUUGUUUUUUUUGUUUGUUUGUUUUUUUUUCUUGCUCAUUUCUUUUGUUCUUUUUUAUCAUUACUAUUAUUAUCAGUAUUACUUGUUAUUAUUUUAUUAUCAUUAUUGAUUUUGUCUUUUAUUUUUACUACCCUGUUUUCCACUUUCAACCCUCCUUUUAAUUGCAUUUUCCUUUUUUCUUCACUAUUUUAUGUUUUUAUUUUGGUCCACAUGGUCUCAUUUUAUGUUUCAUGGUUCUUGUAUUAUCUGGCUUCCUAAUGACAUAUGAAAAUGGCCUUCGAUUCUGUUUUAACUGAACUAUUAUCAUUAUCAUUAUUAUUAUCAUUGUUUUAUUAUUAUUAAUAUUACUAUUAUUAUUAUUAUUAUUAAUAUUACUACUAUUAUUAUUAUUAUUACUACUACUACUAAUAUUAUUAUUAUUAUUAUUAUUAUUAUAACUACUACUAAGUGUUUACAUCCUUAAAUCGUAGAUGCUGUGCGUGAAGUGAGGAAAUAUUCAGGUAAAGAAGUUGCCGCAAAUGCGAAGCUUCAACCCAACAUGUACGAUCACCUUCACAUGAAGCUGUUUCGAGCCCAGAGGAAUCUCUACAUCUCUGGCUUCGCUGUCUUCCUUUGGCUGUGAGUAUUUGUUCUCUCAAAGUGAUGCGCAGAAACCUCAUGCUCUUCCACGUUAACUGAGAUUUAUCUGUCUUUUUGCAGGGUCAUGAAGCGAGUGAUCACCUUGAUUAAUCAGCUGGCGACAGUGUCUCUAAAUACGGAAGCUCUGCAGGGUCAGGCUGACAGUGCCAACCAGGCUGCUAAUAAAUACAUGGAGGACAAUGAGAUGCUCAAACAGGUAGGCACAACAUUGCCUAAAAUCAAGUAGUUAAGAUAUUCUUGCAGAUCUGGACUGUUCUCUUGUAUAAUUUAGAGAAAUGUAACAUAAAUCUAACAUAAAACUUACAAACAUCUUUAACUCCAUUUCCUUGAUCAAAAUACAAUCAAACUGUGCUGCGCUACAAUGUUGUUUCCGUCAGCUUUGCUUAUUUACAUUCAUGUAAAUGAGCACUUUGGCAGCUGACACUAGCAGGAGCUACGCAUAACCGGCUUUUUGGGUGUAGUAGUUGAAGGGAAGCAGAUGUAACUGACUGAUAAAUGGUUGAUAAUGUAUUUUUUGAUGCCCCUGGUAAGUAAAAACUUCAAUAUGAGGUUUAACACAGUUUGAGUGGAGGCUGCGGCCCGUCAAUUUUUGUACAACAGCCUCUAAAUGUGAUCAAUGACACUUGUCACUAGAGCUUUAUGUCACUAACAGUCAUUUAUUAUCUGUAUUGUUGCAGGCACUGAUGGAAGGGAAGGGGGAUAAGGCGACAGCAGAGGGUAUGGAGCUGCUGAGGAAAGAAGUGGAGAAACUGAGGAAGGAACUGAAGGCCUCAGAAGAUGGUAAGCAUCCUUUAGCAGAGACACACGCCCAGUUAAUUAUUGUGUUGGUUGUAGUUUAAGUCCAUGUUAAGUGCUGAUGUGCAUCUGCUUCCUACUCAGCCCUGAAGAGCUCGGAGUCAGAGGGGGACGUGAUGAAGAAGCAAAUGGACGGCCUCACCAGAGAGUACGACAGACUGUUGAAAGAGCAUCAGGAACUGCAGGUGAAUGAAACUUUGAAAACAAAGGCAAUAAAUCUGAAUCAUGUCAUGUCAAACGACACUGACUUUUCCUUUUCUUCUUCUUUCUCUUUUCAGAACCGUGAAGAUAGUGGAAACAAAAAGGAGGAUUAGUUUAGCACAAAAUCCUCCUCAAGCUUAAAGCGUUUACACACAACUCACGAGAGCCACUGCACCCUGUGCUUUACCGUCAUGAAACAUUUUGUGUAACAGUGCACGCCACAUAACCAGGACUGGGUCCUCUGAGGAAGACGAUGGUAACGGUUUUUAAAUGAACAGACAUCUGAUGGUGUUUCGUUAUUGCUUGGCACAAUUUUUCAAGGGGAUUGCUUUUGAAUACAGUAUUCUCUCUGGUUCAGAGUAAAUGAAGGUGACUGGAGGGAAAAACAGCGGAUCCAAGUGUGAUCUCACAGCACUUUUAGAAUAUUUGCGGGUGGGUUUUUUAUAGUUUAGGGCAUUUGUCCAGUGCACAGUGUGGAGUGCUGAGUUAUGAAUGUUUUUUGGUCCCACUGUUUUGUUUUUCUAUGAAUGUAUGUUGCGGCGAAACCUGCAAACCCAGUUCCAACUUUAAAGCAGCAUGUAAAUUCAGUCUGUGCGUAAAGGGCUGUGCAGAGGUACUUUGCAUGCGCAGUUGCGCUCAGACUCAUGCUCUUCAUGUUUUUGUUGAGUCCAGCUGAUGUGGGAAUGUGGAUGUCUUUAUUUUAACCAAAGUAGUGAUGGUAAGAAGUGCAGUUUUUUGGUAUUUGAUGUUUUCAAUGGACCUAAAAUUUGUAGGGAUCAAUCACAUUUAGUCUUAAUCAUUUUUAAAAACUUUGGGUUAAUGGUAGGAGGUAAAUUUGGUCAUGUGAGUGUUUCUAAGCGGAGACAGUUCCACGUCGUCGUGUAUUUGCUGCACUGUGUGAUUUAAGCAUUUAUUUUUGGGUUAUUGUUGGAGAUAAGCACUAUGAAAAGAAGCUGUAUAGAUUUUUAUAUUUCCAGAUUUGCAAACAGCUGGCAACCUUAAGAGAAAAAAAACACGAUUUUAUGGGAAGUUACUUUAAUGUUCCCCCUUUUUAUGACAACUAACUUGGCAAUGAAGUUUACUUAAGUUUAUUUCCAGUCUUAAAAAAAAAAUAUAUAUAUCUUCCAGUUUUUCUUCCCACCCAGAAAUCACAAUGAAGUGCCUUUGAAGUAGAUGCUGUAUGUUUUUUUCCCAAUAAAGAUGCAUUUGCUAUGUUGUGCCUUGUUUUUUAAUUAAAUCCAAAAAUAAAAAAACACAUGAUUUGAUUGGA